AUGGACGAGAAUGAGGGUGUGAGCCAGCCUGUUGUGGAUGAUGAGGUCAAAUCGUGUCCCUUGUGUUCGUGUCUUGAAUGGGUUGAACUAUGUUCACACGAUGAGCCCCGUCCUCGUUUAAUCAGUCAGAGAAUUGAGCCUUCAGCUAUGAUAGAUGUUCGAUAUACCCUCUUCCACCAGCAAUGCGCUCAGUGCGAUGAGGGUAAUGAAAGUUCUACCAAACGAACACAAUUGCAGCAGCCUAUGGUGGACUGGAGCACAGUUCGUACCUGGUUGGGGAAGUGUGACAAAGAGCAUGACGGAAAGCUUGGAUUUCCGUGUGACAAUGGACCUCUAGAAACACCGCCCCUUGAAUUUCGAGUUAUUGACACCGAAAGAGGAUGCGUAGUAGGGGCUCCUCCUGGCUGCAGAUAUGCUACCCUGAGCUACGUGUGGGGUAGCACUACCGACACAUAUGCAUUGGCAACAACAAACACCAUUCAAGCACUGGAAGAAGAAGGCUACCUCUUCAAAAUUCCUUUACCGGCCACCAUUAGGGACAGUAUCCGUGCAUGCAUUGAAUUGAAGAUACGGUACCUCUGGAUCGACAGACUUUGUAUUGUGCAAGAUGACAACAUCACCGUGAAAGACUCACAGAUUAAUGCCAUGGGUAAUAUCUACAGCCAUUCUUAUCUUACAUUAGUGGAUUUAGAAGGCCGCAGUAUGGAUCACGGUCUUCCCGGGGUUACGCAAGAAAGAACAUUAGAAUAUCAGACACAUGGAAUGAAACUGGGCGUCCUAGAGCAUGGCAUCUUUACGCUUAUCACAUAUGCAAAAUGGGGAACCCGGGGCUGGACGUUUCAGGAGGCACUGCUAUCAACAAGAGUGUUGUUGCUUGCAGAUACAGGGGUAUUAUUUGAGUGCUCACGGGCUUCUCAGGAAGUCACAAGCUCUGGAGUGUCGAGGCCACUGGAUUUAAUGUUCAAUUUAGCCCAGGAUUACAGGAGCCUAGUGAGUGACUUUACUUCUAGGACUCUUACUUUUGAUGCCGAUGUUCUUAAGGCAUUCUCUGGCAUUAUGCAUUGGAAAUAUGGGUCUGAGCAUUAUUUUGGUGUACCAUACUGUGAAUUUGUGAAGGGUAUGCUCUGGAAUCUCGACACGAUCCAUAAACACAAGGUACUAGUGGCGAGGAGUGCAGAAACAGGUGAUAUAUUUCCGACCUGGUCAUGGUCUUCUAUGAUGGGGCCUGCUCGGUUGGAUUCAAAGACAGAUAUCCAUACAUUACUGGGUGUGUGGGGCAUCCCAUCUUUCGAGGCCAAGGAACUGGUGCACAUAAUUCGGCCUCAUAACUCAGAACUGUCAUGGGACGAAGCCGAGGACGGCGGCAUGGUUCGAGGACUUGGUAUUGUAUUGGCGUGGAAAGAAGGUUGCUUCCCAGAGCCAUCACCGCUCAUGCUGAAUGUCAACACGACUUGGGAAGAUUAUAAGACCGUCAUCAGGUCCAGAUGGGCAUCAGUUGAUAAGCUUAACGAAGAAGCACUUGGGGUAGCAAAUAUUCGGGGAAAGGAAGAUUUCGAAAGGAUAUUUCCCUCAUCAUACGUGGAACAUGCCGAUCAGCCAGGAGCAUUGCUGGCACAUACACAGUCACUCCGUGCUCGGAUGGUCCAGCGGGGAGACACAAAGAUCAAACCCCAUAAAUGGCCACCGCAUAUACAUGCAAGUUUGCACAGCUUGGGUGAUGAAAAGGUUGACGUGUGGAUACAGUCUAACCCUGCCCAUUGGCAAUUCCUCGGCCAUGAUUACAGCAAGGAUCACGAUACCAAACUGGAUGUGCUUGCUCUGUCGAUGAAUCAUGAAUAUUCCAAAUAUGAAUUUCUAGGUCGAGGCGAACAAGGUCAAUGGUAUGAUUCGGAGGGAACUGGCCUCUUUGAACGUGACUAUGACAUCUUUGUGGUCAACGUAUUGCUUGUCGAAACUCGAAAUGGACUCAGUCGACGAGUGGCUAUAGGUCAAGUCGAGCUUCAUGACUGGAUUUCUGCGUCACCCGAAUUUCGGAAUUUUACUCUGGUUUAG